AAGUUUGCUUAUGUAUUAUAAAAAACAGGAAAUUUGGUACCAGUACCUGAAAUUCAGUCCUAUCGUCUCUUAUUUUAGGGUUUUUAAGAACAGCAAAAAACAACCCACUAGCAGCAGUACUCUGUAUAACAUUGAUAAUCUCGGGUUUUGUUAUGUUUUAAUUAGUGGUCUAAAUAAAUAUGUAUUCUUCGAGAGGCAGUAAUGCUUAUGGCCAGCAAUCUUAUGGUGCCCAAUCUGGCUAUACACAAAAUCUGGGAACGGCAUAUUCUGGGAGCUCUGCUGGGGGGCAUGAUGGGGGCUCUCAACAUUCACUGGCUUCUAGGCAUUCAUUGAUUCUGGGUGGUCCUCAGGAAGCUGAUGUUGGUGGAUACAGAGGCCAUGCUUCGGCCACAGCACAUUAUGGGAGCCAAUAUGGGGCUGCCUAUGGCUCAACUGCCAUGAGUGGUUCUCAACAGGCUCCCACAUUGAGUGCCAAAGGGAGUGGAGGGUUGUCUUUGGAUAGUCGUGGCACCUAUCCAUCAACUCUGCCUGAUUCUCCUAAAUUUUCAUCAGCUGACUAUAUCUCAUCAUCAAGUCAUGGAUAUGGACACAAAAGCGAUCAAUUGUUUGCAGAAAAAAUACCUGAUUAUCCAGCAAUUGACAGACGACCAUAUGGUGAACGACAGGGUACAUAUAUGGGGAGGGAUAUGCAAGGUGAUCCAGCUACACGAUAUGUCGAUUCUGUUGGUUUUGGUCAUCAACAUCAGCCUGAGAUUUAUGAACGUAUCGAUCAAGCUUCAAUUCUUAGACAAGAACAGUUAUUGAAACCUCAGUCAUUGCAAUCCGCUUCUCUUGAUGGAGGUGCCAGACAAAUUGACUAUCUUGCAGCAAGAGGUGCUGCUAGUCGUCAUACCACCCAAGAUCUCAUGUCUUUUGGAGGAAGAAUAGAUGCCGAUCCUCGCAAUUCUUCAUUACUUAGUUCUUCUACGUACAAUGGGCAACAUGCUCCCUCGAUAUUGGGAGCAGCUCCUAGGAGAAGUGUUGAAGAUCUAUUGUAUCCUCAAAGCUCAUCAAAUCCCGGAUAUGGAGUGAGUUUGCCUCCUGGAAGGGACUAUGGCACUGGAAAAGGGCUCCAUGGAACAUCUCUUGAAUCUGAUUAUCUUGGUUCUCAUCCAAGGAUUAAUGAGCGCAUGGAUGACAGAGCUAGCUAUCUUCGAGAAUUUGAGCUAAGAGAGGAGGAGCGCCGUCGAGAACUUCUGCGUGAGAGGGAGAAGGAUAGAGAAAAGGAACGAGAACGGGAACGAGAACGGGAACGGGAACGGGAACGAGAAAGAAAGCGGGAAAGGGAGCGCAUUUUGGAACGACGUGAAAAGGAGAGGGAGAGGGAGAGGGAGAGGGAGAGGGAGAGGAAACGUGGACUCGAAAUUAGGCGGGAGCGAACUCCACCAAGAGCUUCAAUGGAUCGACGUGGUUCCUCUUUGCUGAAAGAGGGGAGAUCUUUACGACGUGAUUCUCCAAGCCAUGAAGCAUCACAUAGGCGUCAUUCACCUGUUAAAGAAAAAAGGAGAGAUUAUGUCUGCAAGGUUGGCACAUUCAGUUUGGUGGAUAUAGAGAGGGAUUUUCUAUCAAUUGAUAAGAGAUAUCCCAAACUUUUUGCUUCUCCAGAAUUUUCUAAGGUCAUUGUGAACUGGCCAAAGGGAAACCUGAAACUUUCUAUCCAUACCCCUGUCAGUUUUGAGCAUGAUUUUGUUGAGGAUAGCAGUGAAGCAGAAAAAAAGGAUCUGUCCACGACGUUCUUGUCUAAAAAACUUGGAAAACCAGAGAAUGGAAGCACUGUUUGGAAUGCAAAGAUAAUGUUGUUGAGUGGACUUAGCAAGAAUGCUCUGGAGGAGCUCUCAUCUGAGAAAAGAUGUGAUGAUCGCGUACCCCAUAUUUGCAAUAUUCUUAGGUUUGCUGUCCUCAAAAGGGACCGUUCUUUUAUGGCUGUUGGUGGACCAUGGGAUUCUGCUGAUGGCGGUGAUCCAUCAGUUGAUGAUUCUGUUUUAAUUCAAACAGCCCUUAGACAUGCAAAGGAUGUAACUCAACUUGAUUUGCACAACUGCCAUAAUUGGAACCGUUUUCUUGAGAUACAUUAUGAUAGAUUUGGCAUUGAUGGGUUCUUUAGCCACAGAGAGGUCACUGUUCUGUUUGUUCCAGAUUUAUCUGAAUGUCUUCCUUCAUUAGAUGCAUGGCGAGAGCAAUGGCUUGCACACAAGAAGGCUGUUGCUGAUAGAGAACAUCAGCUUUCUUUAAAGAAAGAGAGGGCUAGAAAGAAGGAAGGGGAAAAAGAUAAAGGAACAGAUUCCGUGAGAGAUUCUAAGAAGUCGGCUCAAAAGGAAAAUAUCAAAGAGUCUGCCUCUUCUGUCAUCAACAAAAAGGAUAAAGAUGGAAAUUACAUAAAAGGUAAAACAACUGAAUGCAGGAGUGGUGAAAAUGAUAAGAAAGCUGAGAAAAAAGAUGAACUUGAAACAGCUGACGAAGGCAAGAAUGUCGACAAGAAGGACCAGGGGGGAGCUGCUGGUUUGCAGACAGCUGGUACCAUGAAGUCUGGAAAGAAGAUCAUACGGAGAAUUGUGAAACAGAAGGUCACUAAUAAGACAGCUGAUUCUGAGAAUUCUAUCAGCAAAAAGAAUGAACUGGCAGAUGAGGGUGUUGAGGGGAACUCUGGAAGAUCUGAGAUCUCACUUGAGCAGAGUGAAUCUCCUGCUGAUACUUCCGGCGUUAAAACUUUUGUAAGAAAAAAAGUUAUAAGAAAGGUACCAGUGGGAAAAUCUACUCAAAAUAAAGAAAAUGACUUGCAGUCUGAGAUGAAAGCUGAGAAGGACUGCACUGAAGAUAAACCAAAGAAUACUUCAGAUACCAACACUCCUAUAGUUACGCAAGGUACUGGUAUCAAAACAACCAUAAAAAAGAAAAUAAUUAAGAAAGUACUUAAAAGAAAGCUCACUGGUGCAGGAGCCAGUGGCGGGACUGGUGACCUUAAGAAAGAUGACAAAAAGGAUGAGGAAAAGGUUGUUCAGGCAGGUAAAGAAACAGAAAACACUGGGGAAAAAACAGCAGAAACAGGAAACGAGGAGCGUGAGGCAAAAGAUUCAGAGAAGAAAGUAAUUCAUAACACCAAGUCAAAAUCCCCAAUUGCAGAGAAGCAAGCUAGUGUGCCAAUUUUUAACAAAAUCAAGGCUGUCAAGGAGGAUGAAAAGGAAAUUGACCAGAAAAGCAGCUCAGGGACUAAAACUGAAGUUAAGGCUGACAGGCUAAAGGUUGCCCCGAAGGAUAGUGCUAAUAGCAAGGGAGGAAAGUUGAAGGAUGAUGAAAAAUCAAAGGAAGAGAAAAAGGACAAGGAUGGAAAAGAAGUUAAGGAAAAGAGAAAGCCUGAAGAACCUCCUAGACAUCCUGGGUUUAUUUUGAAAACAAAAGGCAACAAGGAAUCUAAAGUAGGUUUUGCUUAUUGCCUCGCACAUAGUUGUGUUACUAACUCCUACAUUGAAAAUAUUCUGCCAAAAGCAACUCAUAUUAACUGUCAUUGUGUUGUCAAAAAAUUAAAAUUUGACUGGCAAUUUGGAACACCUUGCCUACACUUGUAUUAUUUCCUAAUGUUGCAUUUUUUGCUACAGCCGCGUUUUUUAUCACUUUCACUGGACUCACUUUUGGAUUACACUGAUAAGGAUGUUGAAGAAUCAACAUUUGAGCUUUCACUAUUUGCUGAAUCUCUAUAUGAAAUGCUUCAGUAUCAAAUGGGCUCUCGUCUUUUGACAUUUCUCCAGAAGCUACGAAUAAAAUUCGUAACCAAAAGAAAUCAAUACAAGAGGCAGCGGGAGGAAAUAGACGACAAGGACAAGGACAAGGACAAGGACAAGGACAAGGACAUGGACAUGGACAUGGACAAGGAAUCAUCAAGAAAGCGCCUGAAGACUAGUGAGUUACCUGUGAAAGCUAAAUCUGCAAACAGUGAAAUGUCAAGUGCAGAUCAGCCAAAUGAUGAAAAGACUGUCAUGGAGGAGGAUACUUCUGUUGAUCCUAUUAAUGAGACAAAGCAGGAAGAAGAAAGUGAAUCUGAGGAAGACCCAGAAGAAGACCCUGAAGAAUGUGAAGAAAUGGAGGAUCCUGAAGAAUAUGAAGAAAUGGAUGAUGCUGGACAUGAUUCAUCUAAUGAGCAAAAAGAUGAGGGGAAGACUAGUGGGGAUGCUGAGCAUGAUGAACCUCUGGCUGGCGACGAAAAAGACAAGGCUGAGGAAGUGGCCGAAGAUAAAACUGACAUCAAAGAUGUAGAGUCAAAACCCAAGUCUGGUGCAGAUUUGUCUGAUAAAAAAGAUGACAAGGUGAAGACAGAGCUGUCUGGGAAGGAGGCUGUGAUUGAUAAGGAAUUGUUGGAGGCUUUCAGGUUUUUUGACCGGAAUCGAACUGGCUACAUCAGGGUUGAAGACAUGAGGUUGAUUAUCCACAACUUGGGGAAAUUUCUAUCCCACAGGGAUGUCAAGGAACUUGUGCAAAGUGCUUUGUUGGAGAGCAACACUGGGAGGGAUGACCGCAUUCUCUACAAUAAGCUGGUGAGAAUGACUGGCGUUUGAUAUUUUAGGUUUUCAGGUUGUUCCGGGAGUACUCCAGUCACUUUGCUGUUACAAUUCACCUUUUCAUUGCUCCCAUAAGAGGAUGUCGCUGUAUUAGUCAUAAAUUCAUGUUGUUUUACGUCACCAUUUCUUGGUCAACAGAAAUAAAUCUUAUCUUCACUUUUAUAAUGGGGGAAAAUAGGUUAUAUAUUA